AGCACUACCAUGACCGGCGAUGUGCUGCGCAACUUGCGUGUUCGCAGUCAAAGCAAGCCAAGCGUGUACUGGUCGGUGGUUUACGAAGAUGAAGGUGGCGAGGAUGGCAAGUUUCGAUGCAUGCUGUGUGGCGUGCAGGUCACCGCCUCGCAUGGUAAGACCUCCAACAUCGCCAACCACAUGAAGCUUCAGCACCGCAGCCUCAUCCAGCGGCUUGCUAAGGCAGUCGGCCCUGAGACCUCGUCCCAGCCAUCCAUCACGCAGUCACUUGGGACGCUGUCCGGCAAGUCACUAGCGGCUCGCAAGAGGGCAACGGCGCCUGCAGCCGUCAAGUUCGUCCUGAGCUCGCACUCGCCGUUCCGCAUCAUGGACAACCCCGACAUGCACGCCAUGGUGGCGGCGGCAUCGCGCCUCUCUGUUGAGCAAAUCAAGCAAGUACUUCCAUCUGCGUACCAGGUAGCCGGACCUGGCCUUGAUGCGUUGUUUGAGCGCUGCCGCCAGUCCGUCGUCAACCUGACAAAGUCCGGACCUGUCGUGCUGUAUGUCGACGAGUGGACGUCCAAGGCGACACACAAGUCAUUUCUCGGCAUGUGCGCCUCCUUCUACAAUAAUGAUGGAGAGCGUGUAACCGUUCCGGUUGCUUUUCGUGCCCUCACGCCUGAGACUAUGCUCGCGAUCCAGGAGACUGGCAAGGUCAUCCGCCACCUCGGCUCGGUCGCCGAGCCCUGCCCUGAGCUCAUCAUGCAGGACAACAUGCUCGACCUAGUCGGAGACAAGCUUGUGGACAACUUUUCGGACACGGAGGGGGAUGACGUAGGUAGCGACACCGAGCCAAUGGAGGCUAACUCGAGCGAUCCAACGCCAGGUCCGUUCAGCGGAGCCGACUUGUCGGCGCCCGCACCAGUUGCGCCAGUGGCCAAGCGCAAGAACCCCGGUGCUACCAACGAUGACGUCCCCCUCGACGAUUUGUUGCUCUCAGACCUGCCCAAUGCCCCUCUCGAUGGUCGCCCGGAUCCUCUGUCGAAGGCUCGUCGCAUUGUGGCCCUCGUUCAGCGCUCGUCUAAGGUCAAGCGCUACCUCGACCAUAUCAUUGACAAGAAGGAGCACUUGGAACAGGAGGAGUACAACAUCGAGGUCUCCAAGUACAAAGGGCUAGUGCAGGGCGGAUUGGCGCACAAGGUCGCCCCUCCUAUCAUGCCACGUCGUCGUCCGCGGUCGCUGCGCCCAUCUGUCGUCACCCGCUGGGGGUCGACUGUUGCCAUGCUCAAUCGCAUGCUCGACAUGCGCGAGGACAUUGACGAGCUCUGCUCCAUGCCGGAGGUCUCGGUCGAGAAGCUUUCGGACGACGACUGGGCGCAGCUCAAGCUCGCGUACCCAGUCCUCAGCAUGAUCGACAUGGCCUCCACCAGAUCGCAGAGGGAGGAUAAUCGGCCCUCGGAUGCGAUUGUGACGAUGCUGCAUAUGCGCUCCGGCAUGCAAGAGAUUAUCUCAGUCCAGGCGUCUGGCGCGGGCACAGCCGCUUUGAAGGCAAUCGGAAGCGAGCUCAAGUACUUUGCCGAGCAAGACACAUCGCUAUUCGCUUUCCUCAUUGACCCCGAGGUCACCCAUGAGCAACUGCGAGAGUUUUAUGGCUGCUACGCCAAGGCAUUGUACGGCGACAGAACGACAGAUACCUUGAUCCAGCGCGUUCGCCGCGACGUGUGGGGCCGCUUUGCGAGCAAGAUUGCGGUUGCAUUCCAUGACCAGCUUGCGCGCACCGAGAACGAACCUGUCCCGGAAGUGGUGGACAUCGCGUUUGCCCCAGAUGAUGCUCCUCGGCGCGCCUCUGCAUCUGCGAACAACAUCAGUGCCGGUUCAUCAGGUGUGUCCGAGUGCGGGACUGAGUCGUCACGAUGUGAUGAAGUUGUGGACCUUAUUCUGCAAAAGUACAAGCGCCAGCUUGAGGCUACCACCGGUAGUCGCGUUGGGUCCAAGAAGCCGCGCACGGCCUUUGCCCAGCAGGCGAGCAACCGCCCUUCCGCGACUCUGCUAAUCGAGAGUUACUCCAAGGCACUAACUCAGGCCAUCUUCGACUACAAGAACAUCGGUGUAACGAUGUCGCCAGACGCGCGCAUCCAGCUGAUCCCCGCCUUGGCCCGCACUAAGUGCCGCUUCGGUGACGAUCAGCGCAUCUUCGAUCUUAUGGAGGCAGCAACGGCGCUCCUUCGUCCGCUGCUGCUCCCCUCUGCUGCAGCUGCGAGCGUGGAACGGCUCAACUCGGUGGGCACAGACAUGCUCACUCGUAAGCGCAACCGUCUUGACUCCGAAAGGAUCGAGAAGAUGGUGCUCACGCGCUGCUGGAUCGCUGCCUCCACGAAGCUCGGUAUCGACCUGUAGAGGAAUAUUCAUUCCAAAGGUCCAGGUAUUCAUUCCUGACCAAUAUUUCGCGAAAUUUCAAACACUGGUCCCUUGUCCC